UCACCAGCGUCUCCCCUCGCACGGCCUCAGCUCUGACCCUGGUCCUUGGCUGGCCCAGCUGCUGCGUGCCCAUCCCAAUCACAUGCACCAAUGGCAGCACCAGGGACGGCUCCAGCCCCGACUUUUCCCUGCCAGGAGGGCUGAGCCGGCCAUGCCGGAGGAGGGGGACCUGGUGCAUUCGCAGGCCGGAGUCCAGACCACACGACCUGUCCAAGCUGCGUACGGAGCCACCCCAGGAUCCCACUGCAGCCGCGGCAGUGCCAUGUGGGUGGGCCGGCGCGUGGCGGAGCUGCCGACCCCAGCCUUCGUGGUGGACGAGGCGGUGGCGAGGAGGAACGCGGAGCGGAUGCUGCAGCGCUGCAGAGCGCUGGGCUUGCGCCUCCGGCCUCACAUGAAGACCCACAAGACGCUGGAGGGCGGGGAGCUGAUGACGGGCGGCACGCGCCGGGGCAUCGUGGUGUCCACGCUGGCCGAAGCCCGGUUCUUCGCCGCGGGCGGCUUCGACGACAUCCUCUACGCCUACCCACUGCCUUUCGACAAGCUGGAGGAGUGCGCGGUGCUGGCCCAGCGCCUGGAGGCCUUCCAGGUCCUGGUAGACAGCCGGGACGCCCUGGCACAGCUGAGGCGGAGGCGGCUGGCUCGCGGCGUGCGCUGGCUGGUGUGGAUGAAGCUGGACUGCGGGAACGGCCGAGCCGGCCUGCGGCACACGGACCCCGGCGCCCUGGAGCUGGCCCGGGCGAUUGCGCAGGAAGCCCCGGAGGAGGUGGCGCUGGCUGGCAUCUACGCACACUGCGGCAACACCUACGGCUGCAGCGGCGUGCCGGAGAUCCAGGCUGUGGCCCAGGCAACCACCGCCGCCACGCUGGAGUUCAUGGGCACGCUCCAGGAGGCAGGCGUGACGUGCCCCGCGUCCAGCAUCGGGUCCACCCCGUCCUGCAGUCACCCCGUGGCCGACAUGGGCAAGCUCACGGAGGUCCACCCCGGGAACUACAUCUUCUACGACCUGCAGCAGGUGACGAUCGGGUCCUGCCAGCUGGAGGACGUCGCCGUCCGGGUCCUGACCAGGGUGAUCGGCCACUACCCACACCGCAACCAGCUCCUGGUGGACUGCGGCUGGGCCGGGCUGAGCCUGCACGGCCUGGGGCAGCUGCCCACGGGCUACGCGCUCAUCGAGGGCCACCCCGACCUGAAGCUGGUGGGAAUGACCCAGGAGCACGGCCGCGUCGAGCCCGUCGUGGGGGCGCUGGACUUCAGCAAGUUCCCCCUGGGGAGCCUCCUGGCCUUGAUCCCGUACCACGCCUGUGCCACCGCAGCCAUGCACCCCGUCUACUAUGUCCACGCCGAGGGCAAGGUCGUUGCCACGUGGAAGCCCGUCAGGGGCUGGUAAAAGCGCGACAGCUGCAAAAAAGCCCAGCCAGGCCCCCUGCCCUCCAGGAAGCCGCUCCAUCUGCCCCAUCCCUGAGCCGCGGCGUGGUUGCCUGCCAGCUCGGGGACCGGCGGGAGGGGAGCUGGCUGGGCCACGUCCCCGUGGACGGAGGGGUGGUCCUCGCCAGAGCUGGCAGGGCCUGUGACCGCUGGGACCGGCUGCUGCACGAGCCUCUCGCCUUGAGACCUUUGCCAGCUCUUCCAACAAAUAACAGGUGCAUCCUGGUGCUUGGAAUAAAUGCCACCCCAAACCACCCGGGAGCAGGCCCACCCCCUCCCCAGACACCGGUAGGCAGUUAGAGGGGUCAGAUCCUGCAUUCGGCCUCCUAGGUAGACAUCCACUUGUGUCCCUGUCACACGUGACCGGAGCUCCUCGUGUCGCCAGCGGCUUGGGCUGUGUUUGUGCAGCGCCCAGCGCGAAGCGGGGACCUGCCUGGGGCUGCAGGACACCGAGAGGUAACCCGAGGGUGGAGGAGUCCAGCCAUGGGAGGAUGGAGGAGUUUGCAAAGGGAGGGCACGGAUGGUGAGGUGCAUCCUCACAUGCAACACAACACACACUUGAGAGAAACCAGAAGUGUCACUAAUACGUGCGGGGCCAGGGCUAUAGUCUGCCAUUUAAAAAUCAAAGUAAAAGAAAAAACCCCACCUUUAUUGUAAUAUGUAUUCAUAGCAUCAUAGGCCAUGAGGGUGGGAAGGGUCCCCACAUCUAGUCCAGCCCCUGCUCCAAGCAGGACCAGCUCCAACCACAUUAUCCCAGCCAAGGCUUUGUCUACCCGGGUCUUCAACACCUCCAAGGAUGGGGAUCUCACAGGCUCUCUAGGUAACCUGUCCCAGUGCUUUACUAACCUCCUAGCAAGAAAGUUUUUCCUAAUAUCCAACCUGCAACGUGAGCCCAUUGCUCCUUGUCCUGUCCACGCCGCAUCACGGAUUAUGUAUGAAUCCACAACAGACGAGGCAAGAAUAAUCAGAAGUUGUUCCAUUAAUCCUGCAGUCAUUAAAGAUAUCUUUUUUUCAGAUUCAUAAAAGCAAACUUAACCUC